UCCGGGACCAACCUGUAUAACAUGAUUAACAUCAUAGCAUUGCUUGCAUGUGCCCCCAUGGCGGUUGCGCAACCAACUAUGCAUAUGCAAUGCCGGUGCUUUUACGGGACGUUUCCCGAUGGAGGUACACGCGUAAUCUUAGAUCAGAUAGGAGUGAACAGACAUCGAGUCAGUUAUUGUCCGACGCGGCAUGAACAUGAUCAGAACAUCUUCUAUACGCGAUCGCGUACUAGGAAGGGGGAAAGAAUAGCCCGACAGCAGGUCCUCAAGCCGACACCCCGCGAGAAGAAUCGGCAACAAAGUCGGGUAGGUAGUUAUAUAAGGCAGAAUGGUGACUUCCCAAACGCUCUGUUCCGUCGUUGAGCAUCUGUCACGGUCUCUUUCCAUACACAACUUACACUGGACAACAACGUUUCUUCCUCAGCCUAGCUUGUCGUCUGCCAGGG